GAGUCAAGCGGAAAUAAAAAAGAACGUUGUUUCGUAAUUUAUAUUCUAUGUGUCCUAUUUCGCGACCGUGUAAAGUGUGUGUGUUUUCUAAAACAAACUUUCGUUAACAGUGUCUGAUUAACAGUUAUAAAGGGGGAAUUAAACAACACACUCGAGGAUGUGAUUGAAGUGCUUAACUAAUUGAAAAGAUCGUUUUAACUGCACAUACUCAAAGGUCAAAGUUCAGGAGCAAUUAUUAAGAUGAUAAAGAUGUAUAGAUACUUGUAGAGUUGUGAUGAUAGUGAUAAAUUUGAACCUCGUAUGACACAGGAUGAUUGAGUUAUAACACUGUUAUAACUUAAUAAAAUGUACAUUAUCAUUUGAAGUACUUGUACACGAUUUUAUGAAUGAUUGAAUGAGGUAUACCACAAUUUUACUUCUUAUUUCGGUCGGUUAAAAUGAAGUUUCCAUUUGGAUAUUCCGUUUUGACGGUUGCCUUAGCAACCAUGGCGAUCUUUUUAACAUCUGCUGGUAUAAUGUAUACGAGGACACAGGGAAGCAGAAGUGUUACAAGUCAUGUCAUUGACGUGAACACAAUCGUGAGGGAACACUCAUCCGUUGACGUUGUAGAGACCAGUCAUCAAUCCGAGAUAUCAAAAUUUGCCAAGAAACAUCAGCAUGAACUUAAGGCGGCAAGAAAAGACAGGAAAAGAGAAUGUGGUUCUAUAAUAAGUGUAAGCGCAAUAGACUGUGACAUUUGCGUGUUGAUUGUUGAAGGAUUGAGUGAUCUAGUGGCCAAAGGUUCCACACAAGAAGAUAUUGUAAAGUUCUCAACAGAAGCAUGCAUUGAACUAGAGAUUGAAGAUGCCAGGGUGUGCCCUGCUGUAGUUCAGCAAUUUAAGAACGAGCUGUUUGGAGUAGUGUUACGUCUGUCAUACUCGCCAAAAGAAGUGUGCAGUUAUAUUUUAGGAACUAAUUGUGGAGAUCCAUUUAACCCAUUUACAAUGUGGAACGUUACAUUCCCAGAUGUUCCAAAGCCACCAGUAGUCCCUCCAUCUUUACCAAAGCCGGGUUCUCCGAGAUUACGGGUUUUACAUCUGACAGAUUUUCAUUUGGAUAAAGAUUAUACGGUAGGGUCAAAUACUGACUGCGGUGAACCUUUGUGUUGUAGAGCUGCAGACGGUCCUCCAGUCCCAGGAGUACCGGGUGCGGGUAAAUAUGGGGCCUACAGUAAUUGUGACAGUGCCCCAAUAACAGUGGACAGUUUGUUCCGACAUUUAAAGUCUAUACAGGACGAGUUUGAUUACGUCAUAUUCACUGGUGAUAUUCCUGCGCACAAUAUUUGGAACCAGACGAGAUCUGAUCAAACUUCCGCCAUGGAUGUUUUCACAAAAUAUAUGAAGACAUAUUUACCAAACAAGAUUGUAUACAACACUCUAGGUAAUCAUGAAAGUUCCCCUGUUGAUAGCUUUCCUCCACCUUUCGUAACCGGAAAUGACAGUGAGGCCUGGCUGUACAACAACGCGGCGAAAAACUGGCUAAACUGGUUACCAGCGGCAACAGAAACAACGAUUAAAAAGGCUGGAUUCUAUUCACUUACUCAACAUUUCCUCGGCCUUAAGAUCAUCUCACUUAAUAUGAAUAUGUGUAACAGCGGAAACUGGUGGUUAUAUAUCAACGCCACAGAUCCAGCUGAUAUGUUACAAUGGUUUAUCUCAGAGCUGCAAGCCGCAGAGGACGCUGGUCUAAAAGUACAUGUAUUAGGACAUAUAUACCCCGGAUGUAGCUGCUGCCUUAAACCAUGGAGCUGGAAUUAUUACAAGAUUAUAAACAGAUAUGAAAGUACAAUAGUUGAACAAUUCUUUGGGCAUACGCAUGCUAUGACAUAUCAAAUGUUUUAUGACGAGGAAACAUCGCAGCGCCCCCUGGGUGUCACCUACAUGCCCGGGAGUAUUACUACAUACUCGAACUUGAAUCCAGGCUUUAGAAUCUACGAAAUUGACGGCAACUACACUGGCUCAUCUUGGAGAGUACAAGACUAUACCAACUAUUUUCUAAAUCUAACACAUGCAAACCUUUAUGGUGAAGUAACCUGGCAGAAGGAAUAUUCGGCUAAAGAUUCUUAUAAGAUGACGUCAUUGUUUCCAAAAGACUGGAAUGAUUUAAUCUACAGAAUGAAAGCAGACGACACUUUAUUCCAGAUAUUCUGCAGGCAUAAUUCUAAGUCCGCACCGACCAAAUGCAGCACAUGUACCGGGGACUGCAAGAAGAAUUUUCUGUGUGGUCUGAAAACUGGUCGAAACGGUGAUCCUGACAUUUGUGACGAUUUAUAGAGACGUAUUUUCUGAUAUGUUAUUGUCUGAUAUGUACUCGUACAAUGUAGUCAUACAGUGCAAUAUUUACUUUUAUAAUACUGCACGUUUGUAAUGUCGAUUUCCAUUGGCCAAUCAUGAUGUUUAUAUCAUAAGAUAUACUCAUAGAUUAGGCUGUGCAGAGAAUUAUGUCUGCUUAGCUUUAUAGUGGGCCAUAUUCACAUUACGUUCUUUUCAGAAUUUGAACUACACGUUGUAUUACAUGUUAUUUAUUAUAUUUAAAAAAUGUUCACAACGUAUUAUCUUAUUUAUAUUUUUACAUGUACUCUAGUGAAUUGAAUGUAGCUAUGCAUUUUCUUGUUUCGGUCGGCUCUAUACUGGUGAUAGAGGCAUAUAAUGAUCGCCAGUGGCAUUCAAAGUUUUUAUUGUUAUCAUAGUCCCAUUGUUUGAUUCUUUAGACUAUGUACUUUAUCAUUUUGCGUCAGAAUUACAAAUUACAAAAUAUAGGUGUAUAUUUUCCUUCGAAAAUGUUCUAAGAUUUGGUGAACAAGAUAUUGUAAAAUUUAAAAAGUAGCUUUUUCAUUUUCAGUUAGUUUUUCACUAACAUUAUUGCACAGAUUGUUAAUUUAAACUAAAAAGUUAUUUAUUUUUCAAAUGAAAGUACAUGAAAAUGUUUUUCCUAAAGUGUGAUUUGUGAUAAAAUUAUGAAACAUUUUAUGAAACUUUCACUAUUGUGUAUCACAAUAUCAUGCUGGCGUUUGAUCUUCAAUUAUUGCCUUGACGUAUAGACCAAUAAAAAAUAUCAAUUAG